CUUAUAAAUAAUUUAUAAGAAAUGAAAAAUUAUACAGUUCUAUCUGCGGAUACCUGUAUCCAAUUGGCAAGUCUAAGUUGACAUUUACAUCUCGAUUGAUGUUCUUCGUUGGAAAGAAAAUGUAUUGUUGUCGGACGAAACUGUCCUGUUCAUAAAGACCAGAUGUUACUUUAUAAAAUCAUAAGUCAGAUGUAAUAUUACGCAAAUAUCUACAGCACUAUUACCUUUGUGCCAUGAAAUAAUACUGAUAGUUCUAGUUUGUUGCCAAUGAAAUAAAUUGUAUCAACUCGAUUAUAAGUUAGAAAUUAUUUUAAUCGUUACGUUUGGCGUUACAACGUCUGAAAUAUUUUGUCAAUGCAUAAUCUCGUGCAGUGACGUCACAGCGCACUACAUACCACUGUUGUACGAUUCUAGCUGCGGUUAUGUCGGCAUGUGAAUUGUCUGUGCAGUGAAUGGAUAUGUUUACGUUAAGUAAGUCACGAAAGUAAUAAGUCGGUGUAAAAGUUGGAACGACAGGAUUUGGGGUUUGGUUUGCCGAAGCAUCGAUAACGACAACAAAUGUUGCUGCGAAAGGUAACGUUUCUCCUGAGAAAUAUAGCUGGUGUCCAACAUGAUUCAGGACACGCUGGUGUUCUCACGCGUAAAUUUCUGCAAAGCAACACAUUACCAUUUUCAACAACAAUACGACGGCAAAAUGAGCAGCAACAAGAUUCUGUUGAAGAAAAGUCGUCCUUACUUUCGACGAAGACGGGUACGCCAGAUAAAUUGUACAAGAAGAUUGAGGUUGAGGUCAGGGGAAACGACCCAGCUGUGUUAAAGAGUUACGGAGUAUUUGCAGUAACGGCUGCAAAUCACUUAAAGAUUAAUGUAGCUAGGAAUAUGGCACCAUAUAAGGCUAUUCAUGAACGGUGGACGGUAUUAAAAUCAGCUCAUGUUCACAAGAAACAUCGAGUUCAAUAUGAAAUUAGAACUUACUACCGUUAUCUGGAUUUUGUAAAAUUAACUGGCUCCACAGCAGAUACUUUUCUAGAGUAUAUUCAGAGGAAUUUGCCAGAAGGAGUGGCGAUGAAAGUAACCAAGAUUGAAUUGGAAAAGUUACCAGAGAGCAUAGCUGCAAUGUCUCAAACAUAAUACUAGUAAUUAUGAAUGACGGUGCAUACGAAAUUGAAGAUUACAAGAUUAGUUGUCGUAAAGCUGCUAAUUUGCGAAAAUCGGAACGCCAGCGUAAAUCCGUGCGCCUCUAGAAGGACGUUAAGUGAUCGGUUUGAUGAUUAUCACAUUCUGCGACGAAUCGAUAUUUCUGCCGAACGUGUUGUGCUCUAGUUCCGGCA